AUGAAUACAGUUAUCCGUAUAUCAUUUUUACUGAGCUCCCUGGUCAUUCUGAGUGUUUCGAGCUGUAGUAUGACCAACGACGACGUCACCGACUUGCGGGAGGCUUUAUUGGCAGAUCCUGCAACGAGCACUGUGGAUACGAAAAACUACACCAUGGAGGAAAUCUACACGGAGUGCAACCAAACCUUCAUCAUAACUAUGGAUUAUUUGGCCGAAUUAAACGACACGGGCAGCUUUCCGGAUGAAACGGAUAAAACUCCAAUGUGCUUCAUGCGAUGUUUCCUGCAGCAGCGUGGCAUCCUGAACGAGAACGAUAAAAUCAACAAGGAACAAGCAAUAGCCACCGGCUGGGUUCAGAACGGUGAUACUAUAGACGACUGCUUACAGGAUAUGAUUGGAGGCACCUGCGAACGAGCGUAUUUCCUAGUGCGGUGUGUUAGUACUCGUCGUCUAGUUGAAGGACGAAGCAAGGACAGUAAAAAGCGAUAA